AGUUACCUGUCCUCGGGCUGCCUGCCAACCCUCCGAGCUGAGCUCCUCUGUUCAUUCCUGUCAAACUUCCUUGGGGUGAGCGGCCCACUCCAGCCCUCCGGGCACCUACUGGCAGGUGGACACCGUGGAGCUUGCUUCACAGCCUCCCGGGAUGGCCCACUUGCCCAGUCCCGCCUGGGGUGGGGUGCAGUGACGGCAGAUGGGCGUGGUGGCUGCCAGCCUCCUGAGGCCCGCCUGCUGUGGGGCUACGCCCAGCCAGGGAGUCUCCAGAGCUGAAGUUGUUGUUUAAAACCUGAGAGCCAAGAGAGGAGACCCCCACAUUUCAAGGGAGCUCUCGAGAAGCCGCCGGAGAAGGAGCAGCAGCAGUGCGGGCAAGGUACAAGGUGCUUUACCUGCCUUUGUCUGCCCUGAGGGCCAGGCAGGGAGAAGGGCUGGCCUCAGGUGCCUGGGGCCUCAGGGCAGGGCCAGAUUCAUUCUUGGUCCUAGGAGCUCCCCGGAGUGACCUCACCUGUGAACUGGGUGAAGGCCUUCUGUGAGAAUCACCCCAUUUGCUGAUGAUGAGGGCACUCCUCCUCCUGUGUUUCGCCUUGCCUGUCCUCCUGCGUGCCCAAAGAGCCUGCUCCCGGGGGGCCUGCUACCCGCCUGUCGGAGACUUGCUCAUUGGGAGGACCCAGUUCCUCCAAGCUUCAUCCACCUGUGGGCUGACCAAGCCUGAGACCUACUGCACUCAGCAUGGAGAGUGGCAGAUGAAAUGCUGCAAGUGCGACUCCAGGCUGCCUCACAACUACAACAGUCACCGAGUGGAGAAUGUUGCGUCCUCCUCAGGCCCCAUGCGCUGGUGGCAGUCACAGAAUGAUGUGAUCCCUGUCUCUCUGCAGCUGGACCUAGACAGGAGGCUUCAGCUUCAAGGCAUCAUGAUGGAUUUUAAGGGGCCUGUGCCUGCUGGCAUGCUGAUCGAGCGCUCCUCAGACUUUGGCAGGACCUGGCGGGUGUACCAGUACCUGGCUGCUGACUGCGGCUCUGCCUUCCCUCGGGUCCACCAGGGCCAGCCCCAGAACUGGAGGGAUGCACGGUGCCAGGCCCUGCCCCAGAGGACUAAUGGGCACCUAAAUGGUGGGAAGGUCCAGCUUAACCUCAUGGAUUUAGCAUCUGGGAUUCCAGCGACUCAAAGUCAAAAAAUUCGAGAGUUGGGAGACGUCACCAACUUGAGAGUCAACUUCACCAAGCUGGCUCCGGUGCCCCGGAAGGGCUCCUACCCCCCCAGCGCCUACAUCGCAGUGUCCCAGCUGCGUCUGCAGGGCACCUGCUUCUGUCACGGCCACGCUGACCGCUGCGCCCCCAAGCCCGGAGCCACCACAGCAGGCCCGCCCUCCGCCGUGCAGGUCCACGAUGUCUGUGUUUGCCAGCACAACACUGCUGGCCCCCACUGCGAACGCUGUGCCCCCUUCUACAACAACCAGCCCUGGAGACCAGCGGAGGACCAGGAUAGCCAUGAGUGCCAGAGGUGUGAUUGCAACGGGCACUCGGAGACCUGUCACUUUGACCCAGCUGUGUUUGCUGCCAGCCAAGGGGCACACGGAGGUGUGUGUGACAAUUGCCGGCACCACACGGAGGGCAGGAACUGUGAGCGGUGUCAGCUGCACUAUUUCCGGAACCGGCGUCCUGGUGCUCCCAUCGAGGAGACCUGUAUCCCCUGCGAGUGUGACCCGGAUGGGGCGGUGCCCGGAGCACCCUGUGACCCUGUGACGGGGCAGUGCGUGUGCAAGGAGCACGUGCAGGGGGAGCGCUGCGACCUGUGCAAGCCGGGCUUCACUGGACUCACUCACACCAACCCUCAGGGCUGCCACCGCUGUGACUGCAGCAUCCUGGGGGCCCAGCGAGACAUGCCCUGUGACGAGGAGACGGGGCGCUGCCUGUGUUUGCCCAAUGUGGUGGGCUCCAAGUGUGACCAGUGUGCUCCCAACCACUGGAAGCUGGCCAGUGGCCGGGGCUGCGAGCCGUGUGCCUGCGACCCUCAUACUUCCCUCAGUUCCCAGUGCAACCAGUUCACAGGGCAGUGCCCCUGCCGGGAGGGCUUCGAUGGCCUGAAGUGCAAUGCCGCUGCAGCCAUCCGCCAGUGUCCCGACCGGACCCAUGGCGACGUGGCCACAGGAUGCCGAGCCUGUGACUGUGACUUCCAGGCAACGGAGGAUCCAGGCUGUGACAAGAUCUCUGGCCGCUGUCUCUGCCGCCCUGGCUUCACUGGGCGCCGCUGCGACCAGUGCCAGCGAGGCUACUGUGACCGCUACCCAGUGUGUGUGGCCUGCCACUCUUGCUUCCAGACCUACGACGCAGACCUUCGGGAGCAGGCUGGGCGCCUCAGUAGACUCCGCAAUGCCACUGCCGGCCUGCGGCCUGGGCCGGGUCUGGAGGAUGUGGGCCUGGCCUCCCGAAUCCUGGAUACCAAGAGCAAAGUGGAGCAGAUCCAAGCAAUUCUGGGUAGCACCUCAGUCACAGAGCAGGACAUGGCCCAGGUGGCCAACGGCAUCUUCUCUCUCAGGCGGACUCUCCAGGGCCUGCAGCUAGAUCUGCCCCUAGAGGAAGAGAUUCUGUCCCUCCCUGGAGACCUGGAGAGUCUGGGCAGGAGCUUCAAUAACCUCCUCAUUACAUAUCAGAACAAGAGAACACAGUUUGAAAAGAUAAGCAGUGCUGAUCCUGCAGGGGCCUUCCGGGUGCUGGCUGAAGCCCACGAACGGUCAUCCCGGGCUGCUCAGCAGGUUUCCGACAGCUUGAACUUGCUGCGCCUGUCCAGGGACAGCCGCAGAGAGGCAGAAGGGCUGGAGAGGCAGGCGCAAGGAGGAGGAGCCGGGGGCCCUGAGUUCGCAGCCCUGCAGAUGGAGAUGGCUUCCUUGCCCAACCUGACACCCACCAUCAACAAGGUCUGUGGAGGUUCCAGGCAGGCACCCUGCACCCCAGGAGUGUGCCCUGGUGAGCUGUGCCUCCAAGACAAUGGCACGACCUGUGGCUCUCACUGCAGGGGCGCCCUCCCCAGGGGUGGAGGGGCCCUCCAGAUGGCCGGGCGAGUGGCCAAGCAGCUGCAGGGCUUCAACUCCCAGCUCCAGCAGACCCGGCAGAUGAUCCAGGCAGCCGAGGAAGCUGCCUUGCAGGUUCAAUCUGAUGCCCAGCGCCUGGAGGCCCAGGUGAGCACCAGCCGCUCCCAGAUGGAGGACGACGUCAGACGCACACGGCUGCUUAUCCAGCAGGUCCGGAACUUCCUCACAGACCCUUCUACAGAUGCUGCCAUCAUUGAGGAGGUCAGCAAGGCUGUGCUAGCUCUGUGGCUGCCCACAGACUCAGCCACCGUCCUGCGGAAGAUGAAGGAGAUCCAGGCCAUUGCAGCCAGGCUGCCCAAUGUGGACCUGGUGCUGGGCCAGACCAAGCAGGACAUUGCACGGGCCCGGAGGCUCCAGGCAGAGGCUGAGCAGGCUAGGAUCCGCGCCCACUCUGUGGAAGGCCAGGUGGAGGAUGUGGUUGGGAACCUGAGGCAGGGUUCAGUGGCACUACAGGAAGCUCGGGACACCAUGCAAGGGACCAGCCGCUCCCUGCGGCUGAUCCAGGACAGGGUUGCCGAGGUGCAACAGGUCCUGGGGCCAGCAGAAGGGCUGGUGAUGGGCAUGACAGAGCAGCUGGGUGGCUUCCGGGCGCGGAUGGAAGUGCUCCGGCGCCAGGCCCAGCAGCAGCGGGCACAGGCAGCCCAGGCCCAGCAGCUUGCAGAGGGCGCCAGCCAGAGGGCCCUGAGUGCCCAGGAGGGAUUUGACAGAAUCAAACAAAAGUACGCAGAAUUGAAGGACCGGCUGGGCCAGAGUCCCGCGCUGGGUGAGCAGGGCAGCCGGAUUCACAGUGUCAAGACGGAAGCCGAGGAGCUGUUCGGAGAGGCCAUGGAGAUGAUGGACAGGAUGCGAGACAUGGAGUCGGAGCUGCUGCAGGGCAGCCAGGCCAUCAUGCUGCGCUCGGCAGACCUGGCGGGACUGGAGAAGCGCGUGGAGCAGAUCCGGGACCACAUCAAUGGGCGCGUGCUCUACUACGCCACCUGCAAGUGACCUCUGCUCAGUCCUCAACCACCCCUGCUUUGGACACAGAUGAGGCUGGGCUACUUUCUGGCUCCAGCAGACUCUGACGCCACCAGACAUGCAGCCCAGGCUAGGGGCCACGGCAUGCGCAGGAUGGAGGUGGCGGACUGGACCUGUCUGCCUGGCUGGAAACUCUCAAGUCCGGGAGCUGGGUGGGCAGUGUUCCUACACUGCAUCCUCCAGUGCGGUGGAUCUUGGACCAAUAAAAAAACUUCACCCAAAAUGGUGUGCAAA